CGACACAAAUAACUGAGCGCGUUCUGGGUCUGCUCGGAGCUUCAGGAGCGGCGGAACCGAUGAUUACACGGAGCAGACGGAGGAAAGACGGAGAGACGACCACCAGGGAUCCUGCGUUCAUCCCCGCACCGUAAAUCCACUUAUCUACCCCCUGUGAGCUCCAGGACGGUGGUUCCGAGAGGUCCCCACAUUUCAGGAUCAGACCAAGGCCUAAUUUGAAAAUCUUAUGGACGAAGAAAUGAGUCGUCAGACCGCCACCGCGCUGCCCACAGGAACAUCCAAGUGCCCCCCCUCUCAGCGCGUGCCCACCCUGUCGGGCACCACCGCCUCCAACAGCGACCUGGCCAGCCUGUUCGAGUGUCCCGUCUGCUUCGACUAUGUUCUUCCCCCCAUCCUGCAGUGUCAGUCAGGGCACCUGGUGUGUUCCAACUGCCGGCCCAAGCUCACGUGCUGCCCCACCUGCAGAGGCCCCCUGGGCUCCAUCAGGAACCUGGCCAUGGAGAAGGUGGCCAACUCCGUCCUCUUCCCCUGCAAAUACGCCUCGUCGGGCUGCGAGGUCACGCUGCCGCACACCGACAAGACGGAGCACGAGGAGCUGUGUGAGUUCAGGCCGUACUCCUGCCCCUGCCCAGGGGCCUCCUGCAAGUGGCAGGGCUCCCUGGACGCCGUCAUGCCGCACCUGAUGCACCAACACAAGUCCAUCACCACACUGCAGGGCGAGGACAUCGUGUUCCUGGCCACGGACAUCAACCUGCCCGGCGCCGUGGACUGGGUCAUGAUGCAGUCCUGCUUCGGUUUCCACUUCAUGCUGGUCCUGGAGAAGCAGGAGAAGUACGAUGGACACCAGCAGUUCUUCGCCAUCGUGCAGCUCAUCGGCACCCGCAAGCAGGCCGAGAACUUCGCCUACCGGCUGGAGCUGAAUGGCCACCGGCGCCGCCUGACCUGGGAGGCCACGCCCCGUUCCAUCCACGAGGGCAUCGCCACGGCCAUCAUGAACAGCGACUGCCUGGUGUUUGACACGUCCAUCGCACAGCUGUUCGCCGAGAACGGCAACCUGGGCAUCAAUGUCACCAUCUCCAUGUGCUGAGGGCGGCGAGGACCCAGGUCCAAGUCAAAGACCCCGCUGACCCCCCAACACAAGGAACUGGACUGUGAUUGGGCAGCAGCGACAGCCGGGGGGUGAGGGGGGUGAGUGAAAGACAAACAGCGUGUGAGGCUCGUGCAUGUCUCAGAACCCGGACUCAGACUGAGGAGGCGUUCAGGCUCACGCCACGCUCCGUUCAGCGCUCCGUCUUCGUCUCGGAGCCCGUUCUGUUUCCUCUGCAGUUGGUUUCCUGUCUCGUUUUGUUUGUCCUCGGUCCUCUUCACGUCUCCAUGUCCUCAUAUCUCUGCGUCCUCACAGCUGCAAGUCCACGUGGACGCCCCAAAAGCUCUCAGAAACUAGCUUUUGUUUUGUUCAGAUGUAAAGCCGGAGCAGGAUUGGGACUGUCUGAGAUGGACUCGGUCCAUUGACACUACGUCAGCUCUGGUUCUGGUUCUUCACGUGUUAACGCCCUUUUUCAGGACCGCGAGGAACACGUUCAUCAGAAUAUAGAAGAGGAACAACACUACAUUUCAUGGUUCUGUUGCGGCUUUAUUUGAUCAGUUUGUUUCUUUUUAACCAUUUUAGUUUGUUUUUGUAUGAAAGGAGCCAAAACUCCUCGUUUGUCAGGAAAUCAACUUUUCUUUUUGUUUCUCUUUCCUGUCGGUUCUGCUUCGUCUGCCCUUCUUAACCUCUGACCCAACACCCAACCUGGAACCAAACAGUUCUACGGUUUAAACGAUAAGAUUAUUACUAAAUAGAGAUUUAAUGAUCACUUUUUUUGUAUUGAAUUAAAAAAAUUAAAAGGCAGAUGUAAAACUUGUGGCUAAACUUCAGUGUUUGUAGUUUAAAAAGCUAAAAGGCCAAGUUGUUGUUCUUCUGAAGGUUUUUCUCCAGAGUUGGGUUGUUAUUGUUGUCCUUCUGUGUGAAACUCUGUUCUUUUGUCUGUCGAGGGUCAAAGGUCAUCUGUCCCUCUUCAGAUGGAGUCUCAUUAAUGUUGCUACUCUCCCUCGAACACCACGACUUCUUUGUUUUAAUUUGUCGUGAAAUAAAUUUAUCUUUUUUAUACCUGCA